AUGGCUAAGAUCCUGUCGAAGGUAGCCAACUGGCUCUACCUGGUUCUUCAACCUCAAUACUUGCAUAAGGAGAUUGCCUACUCCCAUUUGUACCACUUUUUAUCAGCAUACCUUCCUGAGGGCUUUAAGAUCAGAACGGCAGUGUACACUUCAGUACUGGGCCAUUCCCAGCUCUUGAUCAACUUGUACGGGAAUCUCGACUGUGGAACGUGCCUUGUGCCGCUUAAUAUAUGGAUUCCACUUAACUAUCCGUUCCAGGAUGAGAACAUUCCAUCACAUGAACCAAAUGGUGUUCCUGAAGUGUUUGUCGUGCCGGAACACGGCUUGGUGAUUCGUCCAAACAACAAUGUGGACUCCCAGGGACGCUUCUACCAUCCAUUCAUUGCACUGUGGCAUCAGAAUUAUACGCCGACUUCAUCUACGAAGCAGUUUUCGCUUCUUCUGCUAAUGGGCUGUUUAAAGGCUACUUUCGAGCAAACGCCUCCUCUUGAUACGAGACCUUCGCCUUCUGCUGCUCCUUCUGGACCUCCAGCUCCUCCUAAGGUGCUUCCGAACCAAACAGGACCGCAAUUGCCUCCAAAGAGAGCUUACAAUGAGCCAGAACAGGCUAAACUGCCUACGCCAGUUGCCCAAACCCCAGAACCGCCUCGUAGAGAGACUACAGGACCUCCAUUGCCCCAGAAACCUAUACUGCGUCAAGCUACGCAAGACACUUCUAUUCCAGAGAAGUACAGAAUGCCAUUACCUUUACCUGGCGAGAAUGUUCCCACUCCACCUCCAGCUCAACAACCAGUUUCACCUCCUUCCUUUCAGCAUCCAAUCUCACCACCAUCUUUUCAACGACCAUUUGGUUCGCCUCAAUAUGAAAGACCCGUCCACGCUCCUGUUCAGGCAACAGGACCAGCAUACAUUGAAGAUGAUUCGGAUAUUUACGAGCCUCAUAGACCACAGAGUGUAAAGCCUUCUGCAAUCGCUGAAGUUGAAGAUUUAAUGGAUAAGGUUACUGUGAACGAAACCAAGAACGACAAGCCGAUUUUGCAGGAGCUUAGCGCAAAGGUUAAUGCUUUCCUUGAAUCUGAAGAGAGUGUGUUCCAAGCUAUGCCAUUUGUUGAAGAGCAAAAGGCUAAGGUUAACGCCCUUCACAGCCAGCUUCUGAACCAUCUCAAGCAAGCACAAGCAAACGAUGAAAAUUUACAAAAGCACGUUUCGUAUUUGCUGGGCCAGAUUGAAGCAGUCAAAAGACUUAAUGGUGAGCUUCAGCAGUUGGACCAAAUCAACGCCCAAUCAAAAGACGAAAUCCUGACCGGAACAGCUCCUGGUCAAAGCAUAAAACUUGAUGACCUCAUUACGCCAGAUUCCAUUCUUGUUAACCAGUUAUAUGAGACUGUAGCUGAUAUCAAGGCUCAUAAAGAUACCAUAGAUCUCGUGGGCGGAAACUUCAAGGGCGAAAAGGAAGUUAUCAACGACGAGAACAUGGAUACGUGCAUUAAAUCGGUGAGAGGACUUGCAAGAGAGUUGUUCUGGUUGGAAGUGACCAAGAGCGAGAUCGGUAAGUCCAUGGGACUUCGAAUGUAA